CUAGCCACUGAUAUUUCAAACAAAUUGAUUAAACUCAUUCCAUCAAAGGAUUUCGACGGUCUAGUUGGGAUGGGAGCUCAUAUGGAAAAGUUGAAGUCAAUGUUAUGCCUAGACUCAGAUGAAGUGAAGAUGAUAGGAAUUUUGGGUCCUUCUGGGAUUGGUAAGACCACCAUUGCCAGAUUUCUGUUUAACGAACUCUCUAAUAGAUUCCACCUUCGUGUCUUCAUGGAGGAUAUCAGAGAACGUUAUUCAGGGUCAAGACCCUGUUACGAUGAGUAUAGUGCGAAAUUGCAAUUACAGGAAAGGUUCCUAUCGCAGUUAUUCAACAGUCAGCAUAUCAAGAUCCUUCAUUUAGGAGUUUUAAAAGAAAGACUGAAAAAGAAAAAAGUCUUAGUCGUUCUAGAUGACGUCGAUAGAUUAGAACAAUUAGAUGCCUUGGCGAAAGAAACUGAGUGGUUUGGUCCUGGAAGUCGGAUUCUCAUCACAACGCAAAAUAAAAAGCUUUUGAAUGCACAUCGGAUUGAGCAUAUCUAUGAGGUGGGCUUUUCACCGCCUGAUGAAGCUUCUCAAAUACUCUGCCUGUAUGCUUUUGGUCAAAAGUCGCCAAAGGAUGGUUUUGAGAACCUUGCUUCGAAAGUUACAGAACUUUCCGGUGGACUUCCUUUGAAACUAAAGCUUAUGGGCUCCUAUCUACGGGGAAUGUCAAAGCAGAAGUGGGAAAAUAUACUACCAAGGUUAAGGGCUAUCGUUGACAGCGAAAUAGGAAACAUUGUAAAGUCCACUUAUGGUAAAUUGAAUGAGAGGACGGAAGACUUUGCAAAGAAAUUCUCGGAAUGGAGGCAAGAGCGUAUCAUCACUAAACAAGAUCUGAAGGAAGAUUUAUAUAAAAGUGUGAGGCAAGCGCGUAUCAUCACAAACCAAGAUCUGAAGGAAGAUUUAUGUACAAGUGAAAUAGCUUUCAAAGACACUAUCUUCAUCUACUGUGCAGAUACAUUACAGUACUCCUUUGCCAGCCACCUCUCCGUGGAUUUCCGCCGGAAAGGAAUUCAUGCAGUUGUUAAUUCCAAUGACACCCUGAAUGCGAUAGAGAGAAUUAGCGCUUAUGUUGUGAUUUUCUCCAAGAGCUGCUUCUCCUCCACCACAUGCCUGAACAAGCUCGCAAAGGUUCUUCAGUGCCGGAAGGAAACCGGCCAGCUGAUGGUUCCAGUGUUCUAUGGCAUUAGUCCAUCAGAUGUGGUGGUGCCGGAGCAGAUAAGAGAAUGGAGUAGCGUACUCCAAGAACUGAGAGAAUUACCAGGCCACCAGUCUAGGGAGGAAUGCAGUGAGUGUGAACUUGUAGAAGAGAUUGUCAAAUAUGUUUAUGAAAAGCUCUUUCCCGCUCAACAUAUUGGAAUCAACUCAAGGCUGCUGAAGAUAGAACAGUUGCUUUGCAAACAACCUUGGGGUAUCCGUCACAUAGGAAUUUGGGGUAUGCCUGGUAUUGGCAAGACGACACUUGCUAAAGCAGUUUUUGACCAGAUCUCCGGAGGCUAUGAAGCUUCUUGUUUCAUCGAACACUUUGACAAGGCUUUUCAUGAGAUGGGGCUUCCUAGUUUGAUGGCGGAACAUUUUGGGACAAUUCUAAAUAAUUUGUCUCGUGUAUGCAGUACCAUUACGAGACCUAGCCUCCCCAGGGACAAAUUAACCAAGAAGAGAACUCUUGUUGUUCUUGAUGAUGUGCACAAUCCUUUGGUUGCCAGGUCUUUUCUCGGAGGGAUUCAUUGGUUUGGCCUAGGAAGCCUGAUCAUCAUAACAUCCAGAGAUAAACAAGUGUUCCGCCAUUGUCUGAUCAAUCACAUAUAUGAGGUUCAGAGCUUAAAUGAGGACGAGGCUCUGCAGCUAAUCUCUCAAUGUGCAUUUGGCAGAGAUAGAAGAGAACAACAAAUCUUGGAAGUACCAAUCGAAGUGAACUAUGCUAAUGGUAAUCCAUUGGCUCUCAGCUUUUACGGAAGAGAGCUUAUGGGAAAGACACUGUCAAAACUGGAGGCGGCAUUCCUUACUCCAAACAAGAUUCAUGAUUUAUUCAAGUGCAGCUACGAAACACUUAAUAAGAACGAGAAGAACAUUUUUCUGGACAUUGCUUGUUUCUUCAAUGGAGAAUCUGUUGACUAUGUGAUACAACUGCUUGAGGGGUGUGGUUUUUUUCCACAUGUUGGGAUUAAUGUUCUUGUGGAGAAGAGUCUGCUGACUAUUUCAGAAAAUAGAGUCAUUAUGCAUAGAAUAAUCCAAGACUUUGGCCGUGAAAUAAAUAACAAUGAAACAGUACAGAUGGGGAGGCGUCGCAGACUGUGGGAACCGUGGACUAUCAAAUUGCUUCUUGAAGAUGACAAAGACAAGGGCACUGAAGACAUUGAAGGCAUAGUUUUGGACGCAUCGAAAUUAGUCUUUGAUGUGAAGCCUACUGCUUUUGAGAAUAUGCUUAACCUUAGAUUCCUGAAGAUUUACUGUUCCAGUUAUGAAAAUCAGUAUGAAAUCCGCCUUCCAGAAGGACUUGAAUCUCUGCCUUAUGAGCUAAGACUCCUCCACUGGGAAGACUAUCCUUUACCAUCCUUGCCACAAGACUUUGACCCAUGCCAUCUUGUUGAACUCAAUCUAGCUUACAGUCGGCUUCAGAAACUUUGGGGAGGAACAAAAAACCUCAAGAUGCUGAAGACAGUCAGGCUUUGUCAUUCUCUGCAGCUCACUGAAAUUGACGAUAUUGGUAACGCUGAAAAUAUUGAGCUAAUAGAUCUCCGAGACUGUAUAAAAUUGCCAAGUUUUCCAGCCACGGGUCAAUUGCAGCAUCUACGAGUUGUAAACCUAUCAGGCUGCAGAGAGAUUAAAAUUUUCAAAGAGGUUUCUGCAAAUAUUUAUGAACUAAAUCUCCAGGGAACUGGCAUAAGAGAAUUACCAAUAUCCAUUGGAAAUGCCACUAAUCUCCAGAAAUUGAAUCUGGAAAAUUGUUCAAGCUUGGUGGAGCUCCCAUCCUCCUUUGGGAAUGUCAUAAAUCUCAAGGAAUUGUAUAUCAAAGGAUGCUUAAGUUUAGCUAAGCUCCCCGCAUCAAUUGGAAAUGCUAUUAAUCUUGAAAUAUUGGAUCUCAGUCAUUGCUUAAUGCUCGAGGAGCUCCCCUCCUCGUUUGGGAAUGCCAUAAAUCUCAAGGAAUUGUAUAUCGAAGGAUGCUCAAGUUUAGCUAAGCUCCCCGCAUCUAUCGGAAAUGCUAUUAAUCUUGAAAUAUUGGAUCUCAGUCAUUGCUUAAUGCUCGAGGAGCUCCCCUCCUCGUUUGGGAAUGCCAUAAAUCUCAAGGAAUUGUAUAUCGAAGGAUGCUCAAGUUUAGCUAAGCUCCCCGCAUCUAUCGGAAAUGCUAUUAAUCUUGAAAUAUUGGAUCUCAGUCAUUGCUUAAUGCUCGAGGAGCUCCCCUCCUCGUUUGGGAAUGCCAUAAAUCUCAAGGAAUUGUAUAUCGAAGGAUGCUCAAGUUUAGCUAAGCUCCCCGCAUCUAUCGGAAAUGCUAUUAAUCUUGAAAUAUUGGAUCUCAGUCAUUGCUUAAUGCUCGAGGAGCUCCCCUCCUCGUUUGGGAAUGCCAUAAAUCUCAAGGAAUUGUAUAUCGAAGGAUGCUCAAGUUUAGCUAAGCUCCCCGCAUCUAUCGGAAAUGCUAUUAAUCUUGAAAUAUUGGAUCUCAGUCAUUGCUUAAUGCUCGAGGAGCUCCCCUCCUCGUUUGGGAAUGCCAUAAAUCUCAAGGAAUUGUAUAUCGAAGGAUGCUCAAGUUUAGCUAAGCUCCCCGCAUCUAUCGGAAAUGCUAUUAAUCUUGAAAUAUUGGAUCUCAGUCAUUGCUUAAUGCUCGAGGAGCUCCCCUCCUCGUUUGGGAAUGCCAUAAAUCUCAAGGAAUUGUAUAUCGAAGGAUGCUCAAGUUUAGCUAAGCUCCCCGCAUCUAUCGGAAAUGCUAUUAAUCUUGAAAUAUUGGAUCUCAGUCAUUGCUUAAUGCUCGAGGAGCUCCCCUCCUCGUUUGGGAAUGCCAUAAAUCUCAAGGAAUUGUAUAUCGAAGGAUGCUCAAGUUUAGCUAAGCUCCCCGCAUCUAUCGGAAAUGCUAUUAAUCUUGAAAUAUUGGAUCUCAGUCAUUGCUUAAUGCUCGAGGAGCUCCCCUCCUCGUUUGGGAAUGCCAUAAAUCUCAAGGAAUUGUAUAUCGAAGGAUGCUCAAGUUUAGCUAAGCUCCCCGCAUCUAUCGGAAAUGCUAUUAAUCUUGAAAUAUUGGAUCUCAGUCAUUGCUUAAUGCUCGAGGAGCUCCCCUCCUCGUUUGGGAAUGCCAUAAAUCUCAAGGAAUUGUAUAUCGAAGGAUGCUCAAGUUUAGCUAAGCUCCCCGCAUCUAUCGGAAAUGCUAUUAAUCUUGAAAUAUUGGAUCUCAGUCAUUGCUUAAUGCUCGAGGAGCUCCCCUCCUCGUUUGGGAAUGCCAUAAAUCUCAAGGAAUUGUAUAUCGAAGGAUGCUCAAGUUUAGCUAAGCUCCCCGCAUCUAUCGGAAAUGCUAUUAAUCUUGAAAUAUUGGAUCUCAGUCAUUGCUUAAUGCUCGAGGAGCUCCCCUCCUCGUUUGGGAAUGCCAUAAAUCUCAAGGAAUUGUAUAUCGAAGGAUGCUCAAGUUUAGCUAAGCUCCCCGCAUCUAUCGGAAAUGCUAUUAAUCUUGAAAUAUUGGAUCUCAGUCAUUGCUUAAUGCUCGAGGAGCUCCCCUCCUCGUUUGGGAAUGCCAUAAAUCUCAAGGAAUUGUAUAUCAAAGGAUGCUCAAGUUUAGCUGAGCUCCCCUCAUCUAUCGGAAAUGCUACUAAUCUUGAAAUAUUGGAUCUCAGUCAUUGCUUAAAGCUAGAGGUGCUCCCCUCCUCGAUUGGGAAUGCCACUAAUCUCAAGAAAUUAAAUCUUACUGGAUGUUUGAGUCUCAGAGAACUCCCCGCAUCUGUUGGUAAUGCCACUAAUCUUGAAAUAUUUGAUCUCACUAAUUGCUCAAGGCUCCUGGAGCUCCCCUCCUCGUUUGGGAGUGCCAGUCUCAAGGAACUAUAUCUCACUGGAUGCUCAAGUUUAGUGGAGCUUCCUGCAUCGAUCAAAUAUGCCGUUAAUCUCGAGAUAUUGAAUCUCGAGAAUUGCUCAAGUCUCUUGCACCUACCUUCUUCAAUUAGGAAUGCCACUGCUUUCCAGAAGUUGAAUCUUACGUAUCCUUCAAGCUUGGUAGAUCUGCCCUCGUCGUCUGGGGGAAUGCCAUAAAUCUCAAGGAAUGAUGUCUCACUGGAUGCUCAAGUCUUGUUGUGCUUCCUGCCUCGAUUAGAAAGUCCACUUAGUCUUGGGCAAUUGAAUCUAGAUCAGUGCUCACGUAAUCCAAACGACCUCUGGAAACUAUUCUUAUGUCAGGAAAAAAAUUUCAAGAAGAUGAAAGAGUCUCAUGGCUUAAAGAGGUCUUUCACCAUAUUCAUGGAGGCGAUGUGAGUUUUUCGAGAAAGUAGCGGAUGAAUUCAAUGAAGCCUAUAUACACGGGGAAGAAUCUGCUGGCCGCGAGAUAAAAAGAAAAACAAAGACAGAGAAGUGAGAAGAAUCGGAGAAGCAAGACAUUUAAUCCUGGUUUGAUUUUUAUAAUCUGUAUUAAUAUUCUGUGCUCUUACAUUUUUGUUACUAUCACUAGUUUGACAUUCCAGAGAUGUGUCGUUUGAGUAUACAGCUAAAACCUAUCUGUCUCCCAAAACUGCCUAAUCUUUUGUGACGAUCUCAUUUAUUCUAAUACUCGUUUUGAUUU